CGCUCACGCUCACGCCCUCACCAUCGUCCAUCUCUGCCACCGGGGCCAGUACUGACCACACUCUGCCCAGCAACGACGGACACUACUGAGCGAGGCAAUCCACUCAGCAUAACAGUCGCACCAUCCACCACAGCUCGCUGCCGCUGCAGCUUGAGCUCAGUGGCAUACAAUGUCUCUCCUGGUCGACCCCGACUGGACCAUUCAUCAGCUUCGCCUAUCGUAUCUGCGGCGGGUGGAUGACUCUUAUGGACCACGCAUCAUCUCCUUUCCCUCCAUUGCCCAAUCAGAGGCUCGUCAUAAUCCCCUCGCAAGAGCAACUUCAGAGCCAUCUCUCGUAGACGCCUCCCUAAAUACUCCGAUCUCUACAACGCCUCGUAAAGCCUCUGCAGUAGCUUCCUCGGCAGUCGCCUUUCCUCUUGCCCCCGACUCUCACAUCGCCAUCGCAGGGCUACAUGACCCGGCCAAACAUCCAGAGAUCAAUGCCGUCUAUUCGCCUACGAUUGUGCCUACAAGAAGCGGACCGGCUUUGCGAGGUCCCAAUGGCUUUGGUCUCAGUCCACCAGCAAGAUCCGAUCGUGUACGUCAGGCUGGGUCGAGUCGGACAUUGGGAGCCAGCCGAGGUCCCGAUGGAUUCCUCACACCCACCUUGCGGGACCCAAGAGCGGAAGGAGCCGACGGCGACGGCAAACAAGCAUCGAGGGCAACGAGCGGUCUGAAGUAUACCAGUACCAUCUAUGGCCCCGGCAGAUCCGGAGCUCUGGGUAUGAGAGUCUCGGGCAAGCGAGCAGAUGAGCUUGGGUCGAGCCUGACAGGCUCCCGCCGGAAACGAGAUUCGCGAGCCGCAACGGCAGCCCUUGAGGGGCGAAGGGUAGAUGCUCUCGACGAAGACCCGCUGGAGGAGGUCGAUGAAGACUCGGAGGUAUUUGGAGGACGCCUGAUCGAUCGAUCUCGGUCUGCGCAAGGUUCCGGGUUCCAAAAUGCUCUUGGAGAAUCUUCGACCGUGCGGAGCAACGGACACCCGCUUCUCGGGCCUCGGUCGCCUUCGCCUUCACCAAUUCGACCAGAGCAGCACCUCACUCGAUCGGGAUCCUUGGGCAAAGCCACAACUCCGCCCAGGUCAAAUACACGACGCAGGCGGUCUGCAAGUCUGGAUCAAAGCGGUGAUCCUUCGAAGGCAGCGGAGAGCUCGCAGACUGUCGUCAUGACGCCGACAAAGUCCUCUGCUGAAGGUCAUGUCAGAGCCCACGACUUGGCUGCAACCUCGCCACUGUCCCCACUCACGUCCAGCUUUGCGAGACAAUUGGGCUCGCCUUCGGGUGCACUGGCAGGGGAGCCCCUCGAAAGUGACUUGUCCGCCUCCAUUUCGUCAUUAAGGUCGUCUUCGACAAGCGCAGCUCUCCAGUCCAGCCCACAUAUCACCUCUGCCUCCGGUGGAGGCGGAGCGGUCACCUUAUCGGGUGGUCAGGAGAACCAGAUGGGAUCCGCUCAAAGUACACCGGUGGCCUUGCAGCCGUCCAUCUUUCUGCAAGAGCAUGUGGACGAUGAUCCCUCGUCAUCUUCACACAGCAGAGACGUCAGAGGUGAUUCAAUGGACUCUCAAGUCUCCACACCUGGCGCUACGUACGAAGGGACGACAGCUUCCGACUCCAGUGACUUUGCGAGGUUGCCGUCCUCAGACGGUCCACGCUUCGUUGCGCAGAGUACACGGACAGAUUCUGCAUCGCCAUAUAAUGCCGGUAGGCCCAGCUUGUCCUCGGUCGACAGCGGCAGCGAUGUUGAGCAAUAUAGUAUUCAGCACGAUGCUCCCAAAUCGAGACAGAUGCGAUCUUCAUCGCAGGAUGCAACAGAUCGGUCGACACCGACACAGUAUCCCAAGAUCAGGUUGGUUGACCGCUCCCCACCAUCCCCUGGUGGAGGACUGAAAGCCCCGCUGAGUGAGGCGACCCUUCUCGCAGCGCGCUCAAAGCUUCGCAAGCCGUCACGCUCACAUCUGAAGGGUAUGACACUUGCGCAACAGAGUGAAGAGAGAGAGCGCCAGCAGAGCGCUUGGUUCCAAUCCCACUCUCUUGGACAGGGUCAGGUAGCACAACGACAUUCGCAGCCAAAAGCGUCAGCCCUCAGUCUGAUGUUGCAAAAGCAGAAUGAAUCUCCAGAAAACCCAUUCGCUCAAUACUACUCUGGUAUCUCGGGACGCAAUGCAGGAUCAGGUGCUGGGAGUACCACGAUCAGCGUGUACUUUCCCUGGUCGAGAGGUCCUGGCGGCAGCUCGACAUCGGAUGGCAGCGGCAAUACGAGUGGCGCAAUCUCUGUCAAUGCUGCUAGCAAAUCGUUCGAGCUGAAUGUGAGAAAGGACGCCACGAUGGAAGAGCUGAUCGGCUACAGUCUGUACUGCUAUGUUGACGAAGGAUGGUCACCCUCACCGGAGGAGAACGGUCAUCCUGAUGUCAGGCUGACCACUGUCGGUUGGGUCUUGCGCAUAGUGGAGGACGGAGAAGUCGAUGAUGACUACCCUGCCUUGGAUCGGAAUCUGACAGUGGGCAAAUUCGGAGGUGAUGAAUUCGCCGUCUGUGAAGCUUCAGCUGCUCAAAUCCGGCAGCAUGAAGCUUCUCAAGGUUUGAUCAACAGGAGAGCGUCGCGCGUGGCGACUUCUGGUAUUCCACCACCUCCAUUGUCUGCAACGAUGGGCGAUCAACAAUCGAGCAACGCGAUGGCCUCUGCCACACACGGUGCAAGGGGCCAGUCAAACGUGGUUCCUGCCCCAGCAGGUCCCGUGUCGCGUCUUACAGGUCCAGCGAACUCCAACGCCCCCGCCGGCUCUCUGAUCAGCAUCCAAGGCACGCCGAUCAUUGCCUCUUCUGCCCUGAGUAGGAGCGCCAUGCCUCCGACGUCUAAGAUCUUCUUGCGAUUCCUCAUCACACCCAAUGCCGGUCUGUCCUACAAGACGACACUAGAGGUGCCAUCAAGCGAGAUCUACCUGGCGGACGUGUUGGAGCUGAUCUGUCGCAAGCGAUCCCUAGGGAAGGCCGAUGAGUGGGCUCUCAUUGUUCCGGACAAGAACAACAUCGUCGUUCCACUGGACAGGACGGUCGAGUCGCUUCAAGGAAGCCACAACCUCGCUCUUGUGCGACGAUCAACCCUGGGAGCUCAAGGUGGCACUGCUGCCUUAGCAGGUCAGUCCACCAAUCCCAAUGCUUCGAUCUUCAAGCGUCUCUCCGAACCUGCUCACCCGCGGUACCAUACGCCAAAGAAUGUAGCCUCAACGUACAAGUCCUGGACGGUGAACCGUAAAGUACCCAUGUUCGUGGGCAGGUCAGAACGUACACUCACCAUUGAUGGAGAGUGGAUUCACAUCAUUCCCACGGAUACGCGAGCUUUCCAUGCUCAGCAUGCUUCCUUUCCCAUUGCGAGGGUGACAGAGUGCAAGCAGAGCGCGAAAGUCUCUUCAGCAUUCAAGCUGGUUGUGAUCACGGAUCAGGAGAGUAAGAGAUUUGAGAUGGAGGCCGAGGAUGCCAAGCAAGCUGGUGAGUUGAUGGCGCGGUUUGCAGAAAUGAAAAGAGAGAUCUGGUAUCGAUUGCUGACAUUUCCACUUUCCCCUCUGCUUUCGCGCAGCGGACAUUGUCACGGAGAUUAACAAGAUCAGGCGCUCCGACAGGCGUUAGGGCGUGAAGCUGAAGCGAGAGAAGUGC